AUGGAUCAUGUCAAGGCCAGUAUUGUUCAGUCUCCAGCCUUAGGGGAUCUACUCCCUUAUUAUUACCCUGCCACUGAGAUAGCCCACUUCACAUCAGGGUGCCCUGGUUCAUCAGCACCUGAUGCGGACCUUGUUGACCCGGGCAGCAUCCGAGCUGUUGGAAAGUGCAGAAGUGGCCAAAUGGAAGCCAGGGAGUUAAAGUAUGCUCGAACACUGAUCUUUACGCUGGAUGAAAUAAACAAGAACAGGGAACUGCUGCCAAACACCACUCUGGGUUACAAGAUCUUCAAUGCAUGUGGAAGCAACAACCUGCUGCGAGCAGCUAUGGAAGCUGUGGUUGGAGAGAAAAGGCAACUGACCCAGGAACAAAGCUGCAGAAGAGUGCAGGCAAUAAUUGGGCACUCUUCAUCAGGACCUAGCAAAAUCAUUAACACAGCUACAAAUCCUUUACAAAUACCACAGAUCAGCUACCUCUCUACCUGCGCUUGUCUCAGCAACAGACUCAUUUACCCUACAUUUUUCAGAACAGUGCCCAGUGACCACUUUCAGGUUAUAGCUCUGGUGCAGCUCAUGAAACACUACAGCUGGUAUUGGGUAGGAGUUGCUUAUAGCUAUGGAACAUAUGCAGAGGAGGGGAAAGAUGAAUUUACCAAGGAAGCAAGAAAGGAGGGCAUCUGUAUUGAGUAUACUGUUUACUAUAUCAAGAAACAUUCAGAAAGCAAAAUAUUUGAGACCGUUAACACCAUUAAAACUUCCACUUCAAAAGUAGUCCUGGCCUUCAUGUCUUCAUCUUAUCUUGAAAGUUUUCUUGAUAUAAUGGUGACAAACAAUGUUACAGGAAAGCAGUGGAUUGGAAGCGAGUCCUGGAUUACGAAAGCUAGUUUAGCUACUCUUGAAAGAAUGAAGAUUUUGAAAGGAGCAAUUGGUUUUGCCAUCCCAGAGGCCCCAAUACCUGGCCUGUCUGAGUUUUUAUUGAGUCUGAAACCUUCAGAUUCACCACAGAGUCCUUUCAUAAGGACCUUGUGGGAGCAUGUGUUUCACUGCAGCCUGUCUGUCACAAACAACUCAGACACAAAGCAGUGUACAGGCACAGAGGAUCUGAGAACUGUCAACAAUUCCUACACAGACACAGCUGAAUCAAGAACAGUUAACAAUGUGUAUAAGGCUGUAUAUGCAGUAGCACAUGCUUUGCACAGGCUUUUGCUGUGUGAUAAUGGAAUCAAUCCAAUCACGAAAGAGGGUUGCCUCAAGAGUGCAAAUAUUGAGCCAUGGCAGGUGGCAAAGAGCUUGAGAAAAGUCAACUUCACCACUGCCUCAGGACACAAUGUUUACUUUGAUGAAAAUGGCAACAGUGUGGCCCAGUAUGAUUUAGUCAACUGGCAGUUCAAUAAUGAUGGCUCUGUUAAAAUUGUUAAUGUUGGUUGUUACGACGCCUCCCUACCUUUUGGGCAAAAGUUCAAGAUGAAUGACAACGUCACUAUAAUGUGGGGUGGGGAUCACUAUGAGGUGCCAAGGUCAGUGUGCACAGACAGCUGUCCUCUGGGGAGCAGAAAGGCUAUAAACAAAAGGAGGCCUGUGUGCUGCUUUGAUUGCAUCAAGUGUGCUGAUGGUGAAAUCAGCAAUGAAACAGAUUCACUGGACUGUAUGAAGUGCCCCUCCGAGUACUGGUCCAGUGAAAACAAUGAUGAAUGUAUUUUAAAACCCACUGAGUUCCUGUCUUAUACAGAAAAUAUGGGCUCAUUGCUUGUGCUGUUUUCUUGUAUUGGUGUGUUUCUCACAUUGCUCAUAUCCAUCAUAUUCUUCAUUUUCAAGGAGACUCCAAUAGUGAAAGCCAACAACUCAGAGCUGAGCUUCCUGCUGCUCUUCUCAUUGAAGUUAUGUUUUCUCUGUUCACUUACAUUCAUUGGCCGGCCCUCUGAGUGGUCCUGCAUGUUGCGACACACAGCUUUUGGCAUCACCUUUGUCCUCUGUAUCUCCUGUGUUCUGGGGAAAACAAUAGUAGUGUUAAUGGCUUUCAGGGCUACACUUCCAGGCAGUAAUGUCAUGAAAUGGUUUGGGCCCCUACAGCAGAGACUCAGUGUCUUUGCCUUCACUCUUGUACAGAUUCUUAUUUGUGUGCUUUGGUUAACAAUAUCACCUCCAUUUCCCUAUAAGAAUAUGAAUCACUACAAAGACAAGAUCAUUCUGGAAUGUGAUGGAGGCUCAGGCAUAGGUUUCUGGGCUGUGUUGGGUUAUAUAGGACUCCUGGCUGUCCUAUGUUUUGUGUUGGCAUUUCUGGCCCGAAAACUGCCUGAUAAUUUCAAUGAAGCCAAAUUUAUCACAUUCAGUAUGUUCAUAUUCUGUGCAGUGUGGAUUACCUUCAUCCCAGCUUAUGUCAGUUCUCCUGGAAAAUUUACUGUAGCUGUUGAGAUAUUUGCUAUUUUAGCUUCUAGCUUUGGGUUACUCCUCUGUAUCUUCAUCCCUAAAUGCUAUAUCAUUGUCCUUAAACCAGAACUGAACUCAAAGAAACAACUGAUGGGCAAGGCAGCACUAAACUCACACCAAGAUUCACAAUGA